AUGCCCAAGAUCACCAAGGCUCCCCCCGCCCCUACUCUCCCCACUGCCAUCAAGAGCCGCGAGAACGCCAAGCUCGAGGAAGGCCUGGAAGUGGCGACCUUUGCGUCGGGAUGCUUCUGGGGCACUGAGCACCUCUUCUCCAAGUACUACUCGCACCUGCCUCAGUUCAAGGCCGUCGUUGGCUACACUGGCGGCAAGGAGGACGUCACAGACCCGUCCUACAGGCAGGUCUGCACCGGCGCAACCGACCAUGCCGAGGCCGUGCAGCUCACCUACCAGAAGGGCUCUGUGGGCUACGGCGAGCUCGUCGAGUUCUUCUACCGCACCCACGAUGCUUCGACUCUGAACUCGCAGGGCCCCGACAAGGGAACGCAGUACCGUUCCGCCAUCUUCUACCACAGCCCCGAGCAGGAGGCUGUUGCCCGCGCGGUCACCGCCGAGGUCCAGGACAAGUACUACCAGGGCCGGCCGAUCAAGACCGAGAUCACCCCAUCUGGCGUCUGGUGGAACGCUGAGGACUACCACCAGCACUACUUGGACGUCAACCCGGACGGCUACGAGUGCCCCACGCACCGCUUCUAUUGGUGA